AUGUGCAAAUAAGAAACCACGGAAGUUGCUUGCUCAUCGCGUCGUUUCAAAGAUGGCUCUCGCUAGUGUGUUGAAUCAGAAUUGUGCUGCUUUUUCCUUUGGCAGUCGUCAAACGACUGCUUUCGAUUGUGGACCCGGGCUUAGUGGUGUGGGGCUCGAAAGUACAUCGGGAGACAACUUUAGGUUUGCCAUCAGAAAUCCAAUGCGUCCGGUGGUAGACGAUGGUGACGUCGAGAGCAAAAUACAGUUUCUGCAUGGGACCACUACCUUAGCGUUCAAAUUCCAGCAUGGUGUCAUUGUGGCGGUGGACUCUCGGGCCACGGCGGGCUCCUACAUCUCCUCGCAGACAGUCAAGAAGGUUAUUGAGAUUAAUCCCUUCCUGCUGGGCACCAUGGCUGGAGGAGCAGCAGAUUGUAGCUUCUGGGAGCGUAUGCUGGCCCGCCAGUGCCGCGUCUACGAGCUCCGCAACAAAGAGCGCAUCUCGGUGGCGGCGGCAUCCAAGUUACUUGCCAACAUGGUGUACCAGUACAAGGGCAUGGGACUCAGCAUGGCAACCAUGGUCUGUGGCUGGGACAAGAGAGGUCCAGGGCUCUACUACGUCGACUCAGAUGGGAGCAGAGUUUGCGGUGACCUGUUUUCGCUGGGCUCCGGCUCGGUCUACGCCUACGGUGUGAUGGACAGCGGCUUUCGUCAGGAUCUGACCGUGGAGGAAGCCUGCGAUCUGGGCCGCCGCGCCAUCUACCAGGCCACAUAUCGCGACGCCUACAGCGGAGGGCAGGUCAACUUGUACCAUGUCCAUAGCGAAGGCUGGACCAGGGUCUCCCAGGAUGAUGUGCUUGAGCUGCAUCACAGAUACAAGGAUCAGGCAUAAUUUUUCAAGUUAAAUGCUCAGGAGGGGGGACUGACGGGUUUGGAAACACAUUUUUUUUUCUGUAUCCAAAAUUGAAGAUCUGAAAUGUCUGUUGGGUUGAUAUGAAUAAAAAAAAUUAAAUGAAACACUCA